UUCACUGGCUGUUCCUGUUGCUGCUCUGGGCAGAUGGUAUCAAUGGCUCCUAGCCCUUAAAAUGUCAGGGGCUUGUGGAGAUAGGAUGUGGUUGUUGUGACCCAGUUUUCCCUCUUCAUCCGUGGCUACGGCAAAGGCCUAUGGAGAAUUCAGACAGCAGGACAGAGGUGGUUCUUCUGGCUUGCGGGUCGUUCAAUCCGAUCACCAACAUGCAUCUCCGUCUCUUCGAACUGGCCAGGGAUUAUUUGCAUGAAACGGGGAAGUACAGAGUGGUGAAAGGGAUUGUUUCGCCUGUGGGGGACGCCUACAUGAAGAAAGGCCUGAUCCGUGCCAGUCACCGGGUGGCCAUGGCAAGGCUGGCUACAGAAAGCUCUGACUGGGUAGAAGUGGACGACUGGGAGAGCAGACAGAAGGAAUGGCAGGAGACCAUCAAAGUGCUCAGGUAUCACCAACAGAAACUGAAGCGUUCGUGUUCCGCGAACAGCUUCGAGGACGUUGCUCCGCUGGGCAAAGCAGGGCGGAAGAGGAGACGGGAAAGCGGCAGCCAGGUCCCCAUCAGAAGAAAUCAACCACAAGACAAAGGCGUUCCCCAGCUGAAGAUGCUCUGUGGGACGGAUGUCCUGGAAUCCUUUGGGAUCCCCAAUCUGUGGAAGCCGGAAGACAUCGCGGAAAUCGUGUCCAACCAUGGCAUGGUGUGCAUCACCCGUGUGGGGAACCACGCCCAGAAAUUCAUCUACGAAUCGGAUGUCCUCUGGAGGCACAAGGAGAACAUCCACCUGGUGGAGGAAUGGAUCACUAACGAUAUCUCGGCCACCAAGAUCCGGAGGGCUCUGAGGAGGGGCCAAAGCGUCCGCUACCUCAUGCCUGACCCCGUCCAGGCCUACAUCAAACAGCACGACCUGUACACCGCCGAGAGCGAAGAUCAGAACACCGGGAUCAUCCUGGCCCCUUUCCAGAGAUACAUGAGGGAGGCCACCAAAAAUUGAACAGACCCCCUCUGCAGUUUGGGUGGGUGGGGGGCACGGCACACACUUUGAGAGAGAGGAAGCCUUGUCGAUCCUCCUAAUAGCCUGAAUCCAUGCCAAUGUACCCUCAUCCUAAUGCAUCCUGGUCCGUGCUUGCGUUUCCCAGUCGAAAGUGUCCCUUUGGUGGCAACCUAGGGCAGGUGGUAGAGUUGCUAGGGC